AUGUCCUCCACCAUCUUUAACCCAUCUAUGCUGACUGCGUCUCCUUCUCCUUCUCCCUCACCCGAACCUGAGGAGCACCCACUAGAGGGUGGCGAUGCAUCCGUUGAUGACGCCACUCUUGAUGAUGCGGCUCCAAAGGAGCCCGAGGAGUCUGAGUCCGACCGGGUGGAACAUGCUUGGGCUGCCAUGCUCAAUACUAUGCACGUCUGCGUGGACACUGCUCCUCCCUCCAAGCCAGAGCCCUUGGAGGAGCAGGAGUCUUGGCUCCACGACUGGAAUGUCAUGAUGUCCAAUAUGACCGUUGUCUAUGAGCAGGCGUGUGCAGCUUCACUGCACAUGUCCCUUAAUGACGUGGAUGCUGUAACAUUGGCCGAGGGCAAAAUUGCUGCGAGGACACUGACAAGAGCCGUGAAGGCUUGGAAGGAGAAGGCAGAAGAGUCUGCGGUGACUGCGCGCCUGGCGCGCGCCGACAAAGGAAAGGCAUUUGGGUGGGCGGAUGACCGCGACCUUCAGUCAAUUGUCCCGCUGAGCAUUGUGAACGCUGCGCCACAUCCAGCGCCAAGUGCGUCGUCAUGCAUGCGGGCGGGAGAUGUGAAGGGCAUAUCAAGGCACGGAAAGGCUGUUCGUUCGGUGAUCGCGGCUAAGAACAAAGGACGUGCACUGGCUGCGCCCAAGCGCAAGGCACUGCCUUCUGUGCAAACGACUGCACCAGAUGCUGGUGAGUCGGAGGUGGAGAUUGUGGGUGAGGCUACAGCCGAUGAACCUGCUGCUGGUCCUUCCAAGGACAUUGUCAUGCAGCAUCCAAAGCGUGUGCUCAACUCCGGCGCUGUUCCUGCGGCCAAGCACCCUCGUCUGGAAGCUGACCCCAAGUUGGAAGAAGCGCGCAUGGAAGCUGUCCGUCUUCGUGCCAAGAACGCUAAGCUCUGUGCACAGAAUGAUAAGUACCGCCUUGCGCUGAUCGAUAUGCGCCAACACACGUGCACUCAGGAGUCCGAGUUGCUCCACAUGAGCAACCAGCUCUAUAUCUUGGCGCAUGACUGGGGGAAUUGGGAGAAGGAGCUUGGGGAGAUCUUAGAGGAUUAA